AUGAUCGAUACAGCCAGACAUUAUCUAAGCGUUGAAACAAUAAAGAAUGUCAUUGCUGCAUUAUCAAUGGUGAAGAUGAAUGUACUACACUGGCAUAUGACAGAUGAUGAAUCCUCCCGUAUGUUUCUUCAGUGUAUCCUGAAUUGUCUUCAAAGGGAGCGUAUCAUGCACAUUCAAUUCGCUCGAUUACAUGGUGUUCGAGUGAUUGUUGAAUUUGACUCACCAGGUCACACUCUGUCAUGGGGGAAAAGUCAUCCUGAAAUACUCUCGGGUGAAUCACACGACGGACCGAUCAAUCCAGUCGAUGAGAAUGUCUGGCCAUUUCUGUCAAAUUUAUUCAGCGAAGUGUUGAGUGUAUUUCCUGACCGUGUCUUGCAUUUAGGUGGAAGCAUUUAUGACAGGCAUUCAUGGCAAGAAGACGCCAACAUUCAAGAAUUCAUGAAAGAGAAAGGAUUCGAUCAAGACUACAAUAAAUUAGAAAAUUAUUAUUUUGAACGCCUCACAGAAGUUAUUCAGAAUAUUACUUCAGCAUCACAAAGCGUGACACCUGUGGUAUGGCAGAAUGUAUUUGAGAAUGGAUUCCGAGUUAAUGAAAAAAACGUCAUCAUACAAGUACACAAUAAUUCCGACUGGGAAGCUGUCACCAAGUCAAUCACAUCAUCUGGAUACAGAGUGAUCAAUUCAGCGUGUUGGUCGAAAGUUGUCAGGAAUUUCGAUGAUGCAUGGAAGACUCUGAACGAUUGUGAUCCCGCUGCAUUUGGAGGUACUGACGAGGAAGCUCAGUUGGUUAUUGGUGGGGAAGUCACCAUUUGGGGAACUUAUGUGGAUGACACUAAUCUCUUCUUACGAUCAUGGCCAAUAACUGCCGUGGCUGCUGAACGUCUUUGGUCUAUGGAUCCAGGCGAUAUUCAGGACUUUUCAUGGAGAAUGAAAGAGUUUUACUGUCGAAUGUUACUAUUGAAUUGGAAAGUGAGACCUUUCACAGGACCUGGAUUCUGUCGAAAAUGA